AUGCCCCCUCCCGACCAGAUCGUCAAGCGGUUGCGAAGAGUUAUUUGUGAGACCACGGACUUGCUCGUCGGACCAAAGUACACGGAAGCUGUACGUGUAGAAGAAUCAUUUCUCUCCACAGUGGGUCAGGAUCUAUGUCACUGUCGAUGGCUUCGAGAUGGGUACCUGGUGACAUGGAUGCGGAGAAAUGAAGAAAUCCGUGGCUUGUUAAUAUCUCGCCAUACCUCAAUGACAGCCGAGCCUGAAAGACCAGCAUGGUGGGCCCCUAAUGGGGAUGAAUGGCACUUUUUGAACCUGUGGAUGAUGCGAUUGUGCUUGUCGAAUCGAUCGUCCUCGUCGUUGUAG